AUGUCCCUUCCUUCAAUACAGAGAGUCUUUCUCCAAUCUGUUGCGGAAUCAGAUCCUGAAGGCCACUUCGUAGAUGUUGAAAAUAUUCAGACAUAUUACAAAAUAGCAAUUCCACAGUACCAUCAAACCUUACUUCAAAAUCAACAAUUUUCGGACGAACCUCAUAAACCCGUGGUUCUUUGCCUUCAUCAUUUUCUAGGAAAUCAAUAUACAUGGAGGCUUCAAAUGCAGCCAUUGGCCAAUGCUACGGGUUGUCACGUUAUUUCCUAUGAUAGGGUGGGAUUUGGUUUCACAGAGAGACCAAUUCAAUGGGAAGAAGGCAAAAACCCCUACACACAAAUUGCUGCUGUGGAUUUUGCAGUCCAAUUGUUAAUAAAAUUGGGAUAUGGUGCGAAAAAAGUGAUAUUAAUCGGCUCUUCUGCCGGCUCAGCCAUAUCUUGUUCAAUUGCUAUUAAAUAUCCCCACUUAGUUCAUUCUUUAAUUUUGAUUGGCUCUACAUUGAGAUCAGAAGAUCAAGGCCCACCCCCAGUAGCGUGUCAUAUUCUAGGUUCAGCACCAGGACGGUUAUUUCUUAAAGCCGCAUUAUAUCAAUACCUCCCCCUUAUGCGGAUUUAUCAUAAUGUCGAUGCUAUACCAGGAUGGGAGACCGUGGUCAAACCAAGCUAUCGCAAUGCCAUACUGGAAUAUCGCAUAAUUGAGAAUUGUGGUCAUUUACCACAAGAUGAAAAACCUCAGGAAGUUAUCGAUCUAGUGGUUGAUUUUCUCGGAAGACUCGAUGUUUGA